AUGGCGAUGCCUACAACCUAGAACUGGCUUGUGCGGUAGGGUUAAAUUUGAGGAGGUGGUGGAUGAAAAGGAAAUUGGGAGCUCCAUUUCUUUCACCUCAAAGCUGGCUGCCACCGCUGCCACCUGCUCAGAGUGAAAUCAUGAAGGUGGUCAACCUGAAGCAAGCCAUUUUGCAAGCCUGGAAGGAGCGUUGGAGUGACUACCAAUGGGCAAUCAACAUGAAGAAGUUCUUUCCUAAAGGAGCCACCUGGGACAUUCUCAACCUGGCAGAUGCAUUACUAGAGCAGGCCAUGAUUGGACCAUCCCCCAAUCCUCUCAUCUUGUCCUACCUGAAGUACGCCAUUAGUUCCCAGAUGGUGUCCUACUCUUCUGUCCUCACAGCCAUCAGUAAGUUUGAUGACUUUUCUCGGGACUUGUGUGUCCAGGCGUUGCUAGACAUCAUGGACAUGUUUUGUGACCGUCUGAGCUGUCACGGGAAAGCAGAGGAGUGCAUCGGACUGUGCCGAGCCCUUCUUAGCGCCAUCCACUGGCUGCUGCGCUGCACGGCAGCCUCUGCAGAGCGGCUCCGGGAGGGGCUGGAGGCCGGCACUCCAGCCGCUGGGGAGAAGCAGCUUGCCAUGUGCCUUCAGCGCCUGGAGAAAACCCUCAGCAGCACCAAGAACCGGGCCCUGCUGCACAUCGCCAAACUAGAGGAGGCCUCAUUGCACACAUCCCAGGGACUUGGGCAGGGUGGCACCCGAGCCAAUCAACCAACAGCUUCUUGGACUGCCAUCGAGCAUUCUCUCUUGAAACUUGGAGAGAUCCUGGCCAAUCUCAGCAACCCGCAGCUCCGGAGCCAGGCCGAGCAGUGCGGCACCCUCAUUAGGAGCAUCCCCACGAUGCUGUCUGUGCAUGCGGAGCAGAUGCACAAGACCGGCUUCCCCACUGUCCAUGCCGUGAUCCUGCUCGAGGGCACCAUGAACCUAACAGGCGAGACGCAGUCCCUGGUGGAGCAGCUGACGAUGGUGAAGCGCAUGCAGCAUAUCCCCACCCCACUUUUUGUCCUGGAGAUCUGGAAAGCUUGCUUCGUGGGGCUCAUUGAGUCUCCCGAGGGUACGGAGGAGCUCAAGUGGACAGCUUUCACUUUCCUCAAGAUUCCACAGGUUUUGGUGAAGUUGAAGAAGUACUCUCAUGGAGACAAGGACUUCACUGAGGAUGUGAACUGUGCUUUUGAGUUCCUGCUGAAGCUCACACCCUUGUUGGACAAAGCUGACCAGCGCUGCAAUUGUGACUGUACAAACUUCCUGCUCCAAGAAUGUGGCAAGCAGGGGCUUCUGUCUGAGGCCAGCGUCAACAACCUUAUGGCUAAGCGCAAAGCGGACCGAGAGCACGCACCCCAGCAGAAAUCGGGAGAGAAUGCCAACAUCCAGCCCAACAUCCAGCUGAUCCUCCGGGCGGAGCCCACUGUCACAAACAUCCUCAAGUGUUCUUCAGGACUUGAUUUCCUGUCCUGUCCCCAGACGAUGGAUGCAGACCACUCUAAGUCACCAGAGGGACUGCUAGGAGUCCUGGGCCACAUGCUGUCCGGGAAGAGUCUGGACUUGCUGCUGGCUGCCGCCGCCGCCACUGGAAAGCUGAAAUCCUUCGCCCGGAAAUUCAUCAAUUUGAAUGAAUUCACAACCUAUGGCAGCGAAGAAAGCACCAAACCGGCCUCCGUGCGGGCCCUGCUGUUUGACAUCUCCUUCCUCAUGCUGUGCCAUGUGGCCCAGACCUAUGGUUCAGAGGUGAUUCUGUCCGAGUCGCGCACAGGAGCUGAGGUGCCCUUCUUCGAGACCUGGAUGCAGACCUGCAUGCCUGAGGAGGGCAAGAUCCUGAAUCCUGACCACCCCUGCUUCCGCCCCGACUCCACCAAAGUGGAGUCCCUGGUGGCCCUGCUCAACAAUUCCUCGGAGAUGAAGCUGGUGCAGAUGAAGUGGCAUGAGGCCUGCCUCAGCAUCUCAGCCGCCAUCUUGGAAAUCCUCAAUGCCUGGGAGAAUGGGGUCCUGGCCUUCGAGUCCAUCCAGAAAAUCACUGAUAACAUCAAAGGGAAGGUAUGCAGUCUGGCGGUGUGUGCUGUGGCUUGGCUUGUGGCCCACGUCCGGAUGCUGGGGCUGGAUGAGCGUGAGAAGUCGCUGCAGAUGAUCCGCCAGCUGGCAGGGCCACUGUUUAGUGAGAACACCCUGCAGUUCUACAAUGAGAGGGUGGUGAUCAUGAACUCGAUCCUGGAGCGCAUGUGUGCUGACGUGCUGCAGCAGACAGCCACGCAGAUCAAGUUUCCCUCCACUGGGGUGGACACGAUGCCCUACUGGAACUUGCUGCCCCCCAAGCGGCCCAUCAAGGAGGUGCUGACGGACAUCUUUGCCAAGGUGCUGGAGAAGGGCUGGGUGGACAGCCGCUCCAUCCACGUCUUUGACACCCUGCUGCACAUGGGCGGUGUCUACUGGUUCUGCAACAACCUGAUUAAGGAGCUGCUGAAGGAGACGCGGAAGGAGCACACGCUGCGAGCAGUGGAGUUGCUGUACUCCAUCUUCUGCCUGGACAUGCAGCAAGUGACCCUGGUCCUGCUGGGCCACAUCCUGCCUGGCCUGCUCACUGACUCCUCCAAGUGGCACAGCCUCAUGGACCCCCCGGGCACUGCUCUUGCCAAGCUGGCUGUGUGGUGUGCCCUCAGUUCCUACUCCUCCCACAAGGGACAGGCGUCCACCCGCCAGAAGAAGAGACACCGCGAAGACAUUGAGGAUUAUAUCAGCCUCUUCCCCCUGGACGAUGUGCAGCCUUCAAAGUUGAUGCGACUGCUGAGCUCCAAUGAGGACGAUGCCAACAUCCUUUCGAGCCCCACAGACCGAUCCAUGAGCAGCUCCCUGUCAGCCUCUCAGCUCCACACGGUCAACAUGCGGGACCCUCUGAACCGAGUCCUAGCCAACCUGUUCCUGCUCAUCUCCUCCAUCCUGGGGUCUCGCACCGCUGGCCCCCACACCCAGUUCGUGCAGUGGUUCAUGGAGGAGUGUGUGGACUGCCUGGAGCAGGGCGGCCGUGGCAGUGUCCUGCAGUUCAUGCCCUUCACCACUGUGUCGGAACUGGUGAAGGUGUCAGCCAUGUCCAGCCCCAAGGUGGUUCUGGCCAUCACGGACCUCAGCCUCCCCCUGGGCCGCCAGGUGGCUGCUAAAGCCAUUGCUGCACUCUGAGGGGCUUGGCAUGGCCGCAGUGGGGGCUGGGGACUGGCGCAGCCCCAGGCGCCUCCAAGGGAAGCAGUGAGGAAAGAUGAGGCAUCGUGGCUGACAUCCGCUCCACAUGGCGCAAGAGCCUCUGGUGGCUUCCAGUUCCCCGCUCCUGACUCCUGACCUCCAGGAUAUCUCCCGGUUUCUUCUUUUGAAAUUUCCUCUCCAUCUGCCGGCACCUGAGGAGUGUGAGCAGCCUGGACCACAAGCCCGUGGUCACCCCUGUGUGCGCCUGCCCCAGCCCAGCAGUAGUCUUACCUCUGAGGAACUUUCUAGACACAGAGUGUGUGUGUGUGUGUGUAUAUACAUAUUUUGUAAUAUGUGAGGGAAAUCUCUCUUCGUUCAUGUGUAAAUAAAGCUCCUCAUGGAUCCCUUUGUGA